GGGCAGGCCCCCUGUGAAAGAAGUGGUUGUGUGUGCGGACGCACGUGGGAAGAGAGAGCCACCUAGCAUGCCCUCACCAAACCAGUCCGUGGAAGGCCUGCUCCCGGGGGCCCCCAACAGAUCCGCGAACGCCACAGGAAGCCGCGAGGCUUGGGACCCGGGCACCCUCCAGGCGCUCAAGAUCUCGCUGGCAGUGGUCCUCUCCAUCAUCACCCUGGCCACGGUCCUGUCCAACGCCUUCGUGCUCACCACCAUCUUCCUCACCAGGAAGCUCCACACCCCAGCCAACUAUCUCAUUGGCUCCCUGGCCAUGACUGACCUCUUGGUUUCCAUCUUGGUCAUGCCCAUCAGCAUUGUCUACACCAUCACUCACACCUGGAGCUUUGGCCAGAUCCUGUGUGACAUCUGGCUGUCGUCGGACAUCACUUGCUGCACGGCCUCCAUCCUGCAUCUCUGUGCCAUCGCGCUGGACAGGUACUGGGCCAUCACCGACGCCCUGGAGUAUAGCAAACGCCGCACCGCAGGCCACGCGGCGGCCAUGAUUGCCGUGGUCUGGGUCAUCUCCAUCUGCAUCUCCAUCCCGCCACUUUUCUGGCGGCAGGCCAAGGCUCACGAAGAACUGUCUGACUGCCUGGUGAACACCUCCCAGAUCUCCUACACCAUCUACUCCACGUGUGGGGCCUUCUACAUCCCAUCCGUGCUGCUCAUCAUCCUCUAUGGCCGCAUCUACAGGGCCGCCCGCAACCGCAUCCUGAACCCGCCAUCCCUCUACGGGAAGCGCUUCACCACAGCGCAGCUCAUCACAGGCUCGGCGGGCUCCUCGCUCUGCUCGCUCAGCCCCAGCCUCCACGAGGGCCACUCCCACGCGGCCGGCUCCCCCAUCUUUUUCAACCACGUGAAAAUCAAGCUGGCCGAUAGCGUCCUGGAGCGCAAGCGGAUUUCCGCUGCCCGCGAAAGGAAAGCCACCAAAACGCUGGGGAUCAUUCUGGGGGCCUUCAUCAUGUGCUGGCUGCCCUUCUUUGUCGCCUCUCUGGUCCUCCCCAUCUGCCAGGACGCCUGCUGGCUCCACCGGGCCCUCUUUGACUUCUUCACCUGGCUAGGCUAUUUAAACUCCCUCAUCAAUCCAGUAAUCUACACGGUGUUUAACGAAGAGUUUCGACAAGCAUUUCAGAAAGUGGUCCAUUUCCGGAGAGCCGCCUAGUCAGAUUUGGUGGGGACUCUUCUUACCCUUCGUGCCCUGUAACUCAAUUGGGGUGGUCUCGUUUCUUUUUCACGAGUCUGGGUUCAUUCAUGCGUGGGUUGGGUCUUUGUUUAGUGAGUAGAAUUGUUCUGACUUCUUUUCCUAGUUGUCUACUUGACUGUUGAGCGCUCACCCCUCACCCCCACCCCACCCCCAAAUAACGGGAAGCUUCAUGCAAAGAGACAGAUCUGAAGCUUGCUUGGACAGAAGUUGGCUGGCAGAAAUGCAA